GGAUCUUGAGAUGAAUAUGGGGAGCCAUCUCCAUUUUGAUCAUUCUCCAUUUGAAUUGUUCCAGCCCAUAGACCCAUUUCAACCUCAUGUCCCUUCUCCUAGCUUCCCUAGUGCCCAAAUGGAAAUCGAAAGGAAGGUAGAAGGAGGAGAGUAUGAAGAGGAAGGGUUGGGGGCGAUGAAGGAGAUGCUGUACAAGAUUGCAGCAAUGCAACCGGUCGACAUCGAUCCCUCGACGAUCAAGAAGCCCAGGCGGCGAAAUGUUCGGAUCAGCGAUGACCCGCAGAGCAUCGCCGCCCGUCACCGGAGGGAGAAGAUCAGUGAGAGGAUCAGGAUCCUUCAGCGGCUGGUCCCGGGGGGCACAAAGAUGGACACUGCAUCCAUGCUUGAUGAGGCCAUUCAUUACGUCAAGUUCCUCAAGAGGCAGGUGCAAGAGCUCCAAUCCCCACAAAUACCACAAGUUAUCACAGGACAUCCAGCCAGCUCCAUGGGCUGGCCUGUGAGGUUGGAUCCUCAUGCCUCAUCUUCCUCCUCCUCCUCCAUGGGAACUCCUCCUGGAUUAGGGUUUGGUUUUGAUGGGCCUGAUGACCACCAGAUUCAUGGAGGUUGUAGAGGUAAUUAGAAUAAUGGAUUGAUAAUGGUGACUUCUACCUAAGCUUAGUGGAUAAUUCUAUGAUAUGCUUGUUUAUUGGGGUGUAACUAUUUUGAACUAGCAGGGAUGAUAUGAGAAAACAAUGUGUUUGAUGUAGUAGUAGAGAGGAUAUGUAUGUAUAAAAAUGUUAUUUGAU